AUGGUGUUAAAUUCGUCUUGUUUUCCAGGUUACCUUGCAGCUGUGGACAAGUGGUUGGGAGUCAUUCUGCCCAAGAUGAAACCUCUCCUCUAUCAGAAUGGAGGGCCCAUUAUAACAGUGCAGGUGGAGAAUGAAUAUGGCAGCUACUUCACCUGUGAUUAUGACUACCUGCGUUUCCUGCAGAAACGCUUCCGCUACCACCUGGGUAACGACGUGGUUCUGUUCACCACCGAUGGGGCACAGAAGAAAAUGCUGCAGUGCGGGACACUGCAGGGGCUCUAUGCCACGGUGGACUUCGGACCAGGUGUCAACAUCACAAGUGCUUUCCUAACCCAGAGGAAGUAUGAACCCAAAGGACCCUUGGUCAAUUCUGAAUUCUAUACUGGCUGGUUAGACCAUUGGGGCCAACCUCACUCGACAGUCACGACUGAAGUGGUGGUGUCCUCUCUCCAUGAUAUUCUUGCCCGUGGGGCGAAUGUGAACUUGUAUAUGUUUAUAGGUGGAACCAAUUUUGCCUAUUGGAACGGGGCCAACAUACCCUACCAAGCACAGCCCACCAGCUACGACUAUGAUGCCCCGCUGAGCGAGGCAGGGGACCUCACCGAGAAGUAUUUUGCUGUUCGAGACGUUAUUCAGAAGUUUCAAAAAGUGCCAGAAGGUCCUAUCCCUCCAUCCACACCAAAGUUUGCAUAUGGAAAAGUUGCUCUGAAAAAGUUAAAGACUGUGGAGGAAUCUCUGAACAUUCUGUGUCCCAAUGGGCCUAUAAAGAGCCUUUAUCCCUUGACAUUUAUCCAGGUGAAACAGUAUUUUGGGUUUGUGCUGUACCGAACAACACUUCCUCAAGACUGCAGCAACCCAACCCCCCUCUCUUCAUCCCUCAGUGGAGUCCACGACCGGGCCUAUGUCUCUGUGGAUGGGGUCCCCCAGGGAAUUCUUGACCGAAGCAAUAUGAUCACUCUGAACAUAACAGGGAAAGCUGGAGCCACCCUGGACCUCCUGGUGGAGAACAUGGGCCGCGUGAACUAUGGUGAUUACAUCAACGAUUAUAAGGGUCUGAUUUCUAACCUGACCCUCAACGCCAGUAUCCUGACAGACUGGACGAUCUUCCCGCUGGACACUGAGAAUGCAGUGCGCUACCUGAGGGGCUGGCAUGGCAAUGACAACAGGUGCUAUGGUAUAGCCUGUGCCCACGACUCAUCUAACUACACACUUCCGGCCUUUUAUGUGGGGAACUUCUCCAUUCCCAGUGGAAUCCCAGACUUGCCCCAGGACACCUUUAUCAAGUUUCCUGGAUGGACCAAGGGUCAGGUGUGGAUUAAUGGCUUUAAUCUUGGUCGCUAUUGGCCAGCACGAGGCCCCCAGAUGACGUUGUUUGUGCCACGGCAUAUCUUGGUGACAUCUGCCCCAAACACCAUCAUAGCACUGGAACUGGAACGUGCACCCUGCAGUGACAAUUACCCCAAACUGUGCACGGUGGAGUUCGUGGACAAGCCAGUUAUCAGUGCAGCUGUGACCUAUAGCCAUCUCCUUCAAGACAUGUAUAAUCAGCACACAGGACUGGACCACGUAUGACGACUAAAGCCUUUGACCCUUUUGAGUUCUAGCCUUUCACAUACCUCACAUAUCCCCUGGCAGUGGCAUCAUUCACUGGAGAGUUCGAUUAGAAAAUAGAUGUAGCUUGUGUGUUUCCACCUGAGGUUUUUCUGCAGCCUUGCAAUGCCUGACCCAAGGGCCACCAUGGCUGUGUGAUGAGGGUGGCAACACAGUAGUGCACUGGUGUGCCUGAAGAAUUGAAACAGAGGUUUUCGAGGUGUUUCUGAUUUUUAUUUCGGAAAAAUCAUGUCUUUUUGUUAAAUAAAAUUUGCAUUUAUGA